AUGAGCAGUCGACCACGAGGUGAUGGUGAUCAUCGCUCAACACCACCAAAUAUUGAUGUUAUGUAUUCUCUUAAAGUUGAUAAUUUAACAUAUCGUACGCGUGUAGAAGAUUUACGACGAUGUUUUGAAAAAUAUGGGCCUAUUGGUGAUAUCUAUAUUCCACGUGAUCAAUUUUCUCGCUCAAGUCGUGGUUAUGCUUUCAUUCGUUUUGUGAAAAAACGUGAUGCUGAAGAUGCACUUGAUCGUAUGGAUGGUGCUGAUGUUGAUGGACGUGAAAUACGUGUUCAAUUUGCUCGUUAUGGUCGAGCAUCAACAACUGAUAGUCGUGAUAAAGCACGCCGUCGACGAACACGUUCACGAUCAAGAUCAAGAUCUCGUCGACGUUCCAAACAUCGAUCACGUAGUGAUAGUAAUCGACGAUCACGAUCUCGAUCAACAUCACGUUCAAAACGAAGUACUCGUCAUGAAAAUGGUGACCGUGAUCAUCGACAUUAA